AAAGAUUCGUUGAUAAAACUAUUUCAAUAUUUCUAUGCGUAAGCAAAUGUGAGCGUAAUUGUCGAGUAUUAUAUUCUGGGGAGCCGUAAAAUUUGAAUAUUUGCUUCUAAAAAUGUCCUCAAAUAAUGAAACAAACUAUGAAACCGAUAUAAUCAUCGAAUUGUUGGAAAUUUACAUGAACAUGAUUCUAUUUGGGCGUGAAUUAUAUCCUCCUGCUGUAUUCCGUGAGCGCAAGGCUUACAACGUUCCUAUACGAGUUUCCAUCUUUAAACCGUUAAACGAUUACAUGGAAAAGACACUACUGAUCGCAAGGGAACUCAAACGACAGAAAAAACUCAGUAAAGUCGAAUUAUUAGUGUACAAAGAUGAUGCCGACGAUUAUCUUGAGAGCUACGUGUUUGAAUUAGACCAUCGGGAUUUCGCUCUAGAAACGGACGAACAUCUGAUCGAGCUGGAAGCACAAGUCCGAAAGUCGCUGCUAAAUCUAAACGGUCAACUUAAAGCACUGAACAAGCUACCGUCCAACGCAACAUUUAAAGUAUUGCUACACACCAUUGAAGCCGCUUUCGCACGUAUUGAAAAUAAUCCCAAACUACAGAAGCAUCCUUUUGUGCAACAAAUAGAACGGCCGCAAGCUUCAAAAUGCAGUAUACAGCUUCUACCGGUAUCGCACACAGCUACCGUUGGAAUUCAGUUUUAUGUAGAACAAUAUGUCCAUUAAAUGAGUAGAUCAACCUAAA